GGCACGACAUCUGCCGCAUGCAGCCGGUUUCGGCCCCGCCGACGGGCCAAAUCCGCGAUACAUGGGCGCCUCCCGCAUGGGCGCCUCCAGGCGCCAGGAGGCGCCAGGAAAGUUGGCUACGUGAGCUGAUUCUCAGCCCUACCCUUUGCUAUCCUACCCUUUCGUCCCCCCCGAGCCAUUGUCGCCACGCCCUUUCAGGGGUCGGGCUUCGGCGCCGAGGUUUCAGGCGUCAGCCUUGCCGACUUCAUGGAGCCUGCGCAGGCGCGACAGCUGAGGCUCCUGGUAAGUCGGGCCUGUCCCUGCACAGGAAGAAAAUUCAAAAAUUGUUAUGAAAAAACAGUCUGGGGACGAUUUUCUGAUUAUUUUGACUACCAUGAGCAUGUUUUAUUUGUUUUAUUUUCCAUUUUUAUUAUUGACUGUUUAAACUGUUUUUGAUUAUUGUUGACCAUGUUGUAUCUCUCGUCCAAAAUCCGCCUAUAGGGGACAUGCCCGACCGAAGGCUCCUGCUCCGCGAGCACGGGGUGCUGCUGUUCCGGUCUCAGCACGGACUCGCCGAGCCGGACGUCCUCGACGCGGCCUCUGUGUUCGGCGAGCCGGUGCCCUCUGCAGGCAUGGAGCUGCCGCUGGCGUACUACGUGGUGAAGGACAGGAGCCCCGAGCUGCGGCCAGAGGACGCCUGGCACUCCGACAACUCCUUCAUGUCUCUGCCCGGGGGGCCCACCGUGCUGUACGCCGUGAAGGUCCCGGUGAGUGCCGACGGCCAGCCUUUCGGGGACACCCUGUUCGCGGACGCAGCCGCGGCGGCGGACGGGCUCCCCGCGCCCCUGCGGCGGCGGGCGGAAGGGCGGCGGGCCGCGCACAACGCGGCCCACAACUGCGGCGUGGCCCUGUCCGAGUACGCCUCCGGGCAGAAGGAGUUGCCACCGGACGCGGAGCACCCGGUGCUGCGCCGCAACCCGCUGAGCGACCGCGAGGCCCUGUUCGUGUCACCCGCCUACACCCGGCGCGUGGUGGGGCUCCCCCCGGAGGCCUCGGCCAGUCUGCUCAGGGAUCUGCUGGGGCAUGCGACACGCCCCGAGUUCGUCCACAGGCACCGCUGGUGCGAGGGCGAUCUCCUGGUGUGGGACAACGGGCGGGUGCUGCACAAGGCCACGACUCUGGAGAUGCCGCCCGGCGCCGAGCGGGUGAUGUGGCGGGUGCAGUCUCGCGGCCCCGGGAUCGUCGAGACCCCCGAGGCGAGGAUGCCGAGAGGCAGAAGAGGAUCAGACGGAUCUAAGUAGGAAAAAG